AUGGCCAUCUCUGAAGACAUGGACAAAAGAAAUGUAUACUCAACUGUGCCUCUGCCUACCGAUAGAGAGGCGAAGCGGAUGCAGGGACGCAUCCAGGAGAUUAUUAUUGCAUUCGCUGUUAUGACAUUACCAUUGUUAAUCUUCUCCGGCAUUCUGCUCGGAUUGGUCUUUCAUUAUCGCAUCAAACAAAACGACUUUACCUCCAAUGAUCUAGCAUUUGACUCUGACCAGGAUGAUUCAAGCGUCUAUUUUGUUCGAAUAAGUGCAACCACACUCACCACCGUUGCCUCGUGGUCUAGCACAAUCGCCCCAAUAUUAGUUGGCUUUGGUUGCGCUCUGGUGUCCUACCCUGUCGCGAAGGGUCUGCUGACGGCCUCGGAAAAUCACGAGGUUGCGCAGCUACCAACGCCUUUUCAGCUCUCGUUGAUUGUUCGCAUGAUUUCGAGCGGCUCAUUCUCUGCCCUUUGGAGCUGGUUCAUGUAUUCCUAUGGCUGGAGAGGAAAGCGCGAGCACCAGGUUCGAGCGAUAAAGAGUCUAACGACCGUAUUGUCCCUCGGCAUUCUCUUAAGCACUCUUGUCAUAGUCACCGACACCUGGCUACACUUCACUACGAAAACCGUUAACUUCAUCCAACCGGACGUAAACCCCGACGCCUCUGGUCUUGGAUUCGGCGUAUACCAGAAUUGCACGAACGUAGACAGCAGUCUCCUCAGCUGCAACCUCAAUAACCCUGCCUCGGGCGAUGUCCUACUUCAUCCCGACCCGAUGAGAGUUCUCUCCAACAUUUCAGAUACAAUGACAAUCCCAAUUUUCUCGGUGGGCCAAGAUCAGUACGCAUACGUCGCGAACCCGGAAAUAUCUCGCCUAUCGCUUCUCGACUACACCGUCUCAACAUAUGCUAUACAUUCGCAAUGCUCUCCCAUUACCUCCCAGUGUAUGAACUCUAAUGAUGUUUCCGGGGUUCGCACAACUUUCAGCUGCCCUUUUGCGUUCCAAGGCGCCGUCAACACAGCCGUAGGCGCAUCCAACUCCGUCACCAUGGCCUACUUCACAGAUUCAACUGGAUUUGACAAUAACACUGACGAAACCUUGAUCGGCAACCCCUAUUAUUAUUCCGCCGUGAUUCUAGCGAAUAUGCGCAAUGCACGCCCGAUAGCUCUGCAGAAUGACCCGGAGGUUCUGUCCGGCGGACACGGUGGUGCUACUAUCGUCGCACUGGGCUGCACAUCUACCGUCUACGAUGUCGAAUACUCUUCCAUCAACGGUACCAUCAAGAGCUGGAAGUCUAGCAACUCUAACCGUUCCACAACGCUCAUCGUGCAAGGCACGCAGAGGCACACAGGCGUCGGAGACCCAAACCUCAUCCAGGCUGCUAGCGUCGCAGGGCUGGGCAACUCCGCACAAGAUAUCGCAGAUCAGUUUGCACUAGCAUAUAGUCAAACCGCCUUGGCAGUUGCGUCAGGGGCAUUCGAGCCACGCACCGCUUUGGCGUCCCAAAGCUAUUCGUCGAGAUACGCGCAAUAUAGCUGGAACUCGGUGGACGACCAGGAUGAAGGAACAACUACACCAUAUGAGCUGUGCGACACCAAAUUGGCAGUAAGUCCGAUUGAUCAAAUACAACCGGCGUGUGACUUUGACAGCAUCCUGGACCACAGAUAG